CCGGAGGAAGCAGCCGCCGACCAGCCAGUCCCCGCCCAGCGCGUUUGGGUUAGCGGUGCGGCCCCUUUAAGAGCAGGCCACGUCCCCGCCCUCCUCCUGGCGGGGCCGGCGGUCGGUGGCGGCCGCUACGGUGCUGACAAGAUGGCGGCUGGCGGAGCUGUUCCUGCGGCGCCCGAGUGCCGGCUUCUGCCCUACGCGCUGCACAAGUGGAGCUCCUUCUCCUCCACCUACCUUCCCGAGAACAUUUUAGUGGAUAAACCAAAUGACCAGUCUUCCAGAUGGUCUUCAGAGAGCAACUAUCCUCCCCAGUACUUGAUUCUGAAGCUUGAAAGGCCUGCUAUAGUUCAGAAUAUUACAUUUGGAAAGUAUGAGAAAACCCAUGUCUGCAAUUUGAAGAAAUUCAAAGUCUUUGGUGGAAUGAAUGAAGAAAAUAUGACAGAACUGCUGUCUAGUGGCUUGAAGAAUGAUUAUAACAAAGAGACAUUUACCUUGAAACAUAAAAUUGAUGAACAGAUGUUCCCUUGUCGAUUCAUUAAAAUUGUUCCACUUCUUUCCUGGGGGCCCAGCUUUAAUUUUAGCAUCUGGUAUGUUGAGCUUAGUGGCAUUGAUGACCCCGAUAUAGUGCAGCCCUGUCUGAACUGGUACAGCAAGUACCGCGAACAAGAAGCCAUUCGUCUUUGCUUAAAACACUUCAGACAACACAACUAUACAGAGGCUUUUGAAUCCCUGCAAAAGAAAACCAAGAUUGCACUGGAACAUCCAAUGUUGACAGAUAUGCACGACAAAUUGGUCUUGAAGGGUGACUUUGAUGCUUGCGAAGAGUUGAUUGAAAAAGCUGUAAAUGAUGGCCUAUUUAAUCAGUAUAUCAGUCAGCAGGAAUAUAAGCCACGGUGGAGUCAGAUCAUUCCUAAGAGCACCAAAGGUGAUGGAGAAGAUAACCGACCAGGAAUGAGAGGGGGCCAUCAGAUGGUUAUCGAUGUUCAGACAGAGACUGUUUAUUUGUUUGGUGGCUGGGAUGGAACACAAGAUCUUGCUGACUUCUGGGCAUACAGUGUGAAGGAGAACCAGUGGACAUGUAUCUCUAGAGACACUGAGAAAGAGAAUGGUCCCAGUGCCAGGUCGUGUCAUAAAAUGUGCAUUGACAUUCAACGGAGGCAAAUCUACACGUUGGGCCGUUACUUGGAUUCCUCUGUGAGGAACAGCAAGUCUCUGAAAAGUGACUUCUACCGUUAUGACAUUGACACCAAUACCUGGAUGUUGCUAAGUGAAGACACUGCUGCUGAUGGUGGACCAAAACUGGUGUUUGACCAUCAGAUGUGCAUGGACUCAGAAAAACAUAUGAUCUACACCUUUGGUGGUAGAAUUUUGACAUGUAAUGGCAGCGUAGAUGACAGCAGAGCUAGUGAACCACAAUUCAGUGGUUUGUUUGCGUUCAGCUGCCAGUGUCAAACCUGGAAACUUCUUCGGGAGGACUCCUGUAACGCUGGCCCUGAGGACAUCCAGUCUCGAAUUGGACAUUGCAUGCUCUUCCACUCAAAAAAUCGUUGCCUAUAUGUCUUUGGUGGCCAGCGAUCUAAGACCUAUUUGAAUGAUUUCUUUAGUUAUGAUGUGGACUCUGAUCAUGUAGACAUAAUUUCAGACGGCACCAAGAAAGACUCUGGAAUGGUACCAAUGACAGGAUUCACACAGAGAGCAACUAUUGAUCCAGAACUGAAUGAAAUACAUGUCUUAUCCGGACUUAGCAAAGACAAAGAAAAAAGGGAAGAGAAUGUCAGAAAUUCAUUCUGGAUUUAUGACAUUGUGAGGAAUAGCUGGUCUUGUGUCUAUAAGAACGAUCAAGCUGCAAAAGAUAAUCUGAGCAAAAGUCUUCAGGAAGAAGAACCAUGUCCAAGGUUUGCCCAUCAGCUCGUUUAUGACGAAUUACACAAGGUUCAUUAUUUAUUUGGUGGAAAUCCAGGAAAAUCUUGUUCUCCAAAGAUGAGACUAGAUGACUUCUGGUCACUGAAGUUGUGUAGACCUUCAAAAGACUACUUACUGAGGCAUUGCAAGUACCUCAUAAGAAAACACAGAUUUGAAGAAAAGGCCCAAAUGGAUCCUCUUAGUGCUCUAAAGUAUUUACAGAAUGAUCUUUAUGUAACUGUGGAUCAUUCGGACCCGGAAGAGACAAAAGAGUUUCAACUCCUAGCCUCAGCUCUGUUCAAAUCUGGCUCAGACUUCACAGCUCUAGGCUUUUCAGAUGUGGAUCACACCUAUGCUCAGAGAACUCAGCUCUUUGACACCUUAGUAAAUUUCUUUCCUGACAGCAUGACUCCUCCUAAAGGCAAUCUGGUAGACCUCAUCACACUGUAACCUGGGGAGUCACUGGAGGACGUGUUAGGCUUAGAAGUGGAGACAGGAGUCGGAGUUUGCUGUUGGCGUGGGCAGAGGUGACAUCGCAGUGGCAGAGGACUGCAUCAGUUUGGAAGGAUCCUUAUUAUCACAAGUUUUAACCCUCUCCUUCGUACCUGACCUCAGUCCCUUUUUCCUCAUACUCCUGCAUUAGGCUAAUAAAGUGAAAUUGCUAUACUUCCCAUUUAAUUAUGUAUAUUUUCUUUAGCUUUGAAGAAUUAACAAAUAUUAAUAAAAAUUAGGCUUUUCCCUUU